AUGUCAACCAACACUUUCGCAACACAGAGCGACAUGGUACAACGAAUCAACAUCGGCGGCCUAAGGUUACCUACCGACCAAGAACGAGCAAGAAUAUCUCAGCUUUCUGCUCGUCCGCAGCUCAUAAGUAUACCGCAGUUACCCAUUCAAACCAGCUUCGGAUUUUACGGUAGUUACCCUUCUCCGGCUGCGUUCCAACAACAGCCUUUCUUUCCUUCUCCCGGCGUCGCUGCUACUAAUUGCUUUCCUCCUGGUGCCUUCCCCCACCAGCAACAACUUCACAACCUGGGUAGGUCACAGCCCACAUUCUCUUCUGGCGUCGCUGCUUUCAGUGGCUUCCCUGUCGGUGUAUUCGCCAACCAGCAGCCGCAAUAUCACACUCCGGGUAGGCCACAACCCGUGUAUGCUCCUGGCGUCGCUGCUACUAACUGCUUUCCUACUGGUGCCUCCCCCCACCAGCUACAAUAUUUUCCCCAGGCUCAGACCUAUGGAGGUCAGUAUAGCCAGAAUGCCUUCACGGCACCGGUGCAGGGUCCUUGGGCGGCUCAGAAUGUUGCGAGUACCGCCGCGCCGCCUGCUCAGCAGGAAGAACAGUAUUUUGAUCUCACCAGAGAUGACGAAGAAGAGGUGCGAGCACCCACACUAGCACCAGCAUGCCCUGUUGUCCCCGUCUCGGCCGCCCAAGACACAGGUCUCCUCACCCCUGCGGAUACACCCUCCUCACUAGAGGCCCCCUCUGUCCCCGAGGCACCCUGCCACCUCGGCGAACGAGUCAAACACCUCCAGUUGACCAUCAGAGAAAGCUAUGAGCCAUGCGCCUUCCGCCUUUUCCGCAGCUUCAUGUUCAUGAACAUAAAACAGCAGCGUGAGUACUGCAGCUUGUUUUGGCCCUCGAACGAAGCGGCUUAUGAAGAUAUCCUUCGAGCCUCCAAACUCUCUCUGGAUUUCUCGACCAUAUACUAUUUGCGCCUUUCGUUAACAUCGAAGCUGAAAGAGGCCAAGAGCGAAGAAGAGCGCGAGAAGUUGGAAGAAGAAACUGAGGUCAUUUGCGCUGAGAUGGAGAGAACUUGCAAAGCCAAAUUGCAAGAUAGGAGGGAUGAAGAGAAUUUGAGCAAUCUCCACCAGGCUGUUACCACUACCAAGGGUAAGAGGAGCAAGGCCUCGAGGGCAGCACAACUAGAGGUGUGGAAUGAGGAGAAUGUAAGAGUACAGGAAGCAAAGCAGGAGAGGUGGGCGAAGCUGGAUGGCCAGCAAACCCCAACUUCGCUUGCUGGCCAAAAGAGGAAGCAAAGGGUUCAAGAGGAGCCUAACCCUGCUCCGAAGAAGAGGGGGAGACCUCCAAAGGUCAGGGCUGCAGAGGACGUGGCUGUGGUGAAGGAGAAGAAGAAACGUGGGAGGCCUCGGAAGAGCCCUGUGGUUCAAGAACCGACUCCUGAGCACGCCAUCGAUGAAGCGGAGGAUGAUGGGGCGUUGGAAGCAGCACUGUAUGCUGGCUUGUGUGAGGAUGUCGUUGGAGAGGAGGAGGAUGGGUCGUCUGAAGCAGCUCCGCAAACAUGGCUCGCCGCUGAUGACAGUGACGUUGUCGAUGAGAGUGCUGAGGUGGAGCCUUCUGGACGAGUACAAAUGCACGAUGAAGAUGAUCGGGUUGCCGGAGCCGUCGCCGAGGACCGACCGGAGGAGGUUCGUGUGGAUGAGAGUGCUGCUGUAAUCGUCAGCUCGUCUCAAGAGCAUGGACAAGAGGAGGAGGGCUGUGACGAAGACUCUCUCUUCGGAGACUCUCUUUUCGAAGACUUUGAGCUUGGAAACCUCCUCGAUACGGGGGCUGCGAAUGAUAUUGGGGCUACGCUAGACGGCAUGUUCUUCUAG